AUGGAGGCUCCUAUGAAGUUCCUGUGCAUUGUUGGGAUGGUGGCAUUGUUUGUAAGUGUUGGAGUGAUAGAGAGAGUUGUGGGUGCAGGAGAAUGUGGGGGGUCUACCACACCAGAUAAUGAGGCUCUCAAUCUUGCUCCUUGUGCUACAGCAGCUCAAGAUGAAAGUGCCAGGGUCCCUCGGAGUUGCUGUGCUCAGGUCAAGAAAAUUGGGCAGAACCCUGGCUGCCUCUGCGCUGUUCUGCUCUCUGACACAGCCAAAAGCUCCGGAGUCAAUCCACAGAUUGCCCUUACCAUUCCCAAGCGCUGCAACUUUGUUAAUCGCCCAGUCGGUUACAAGUGUGGACCUUACACUCUGCCUUAAGGGACAAGACGAGAACGAGGAGGACUGGGCUUAAAGACAACAUUAAUAGCUGCUAGCAAUUACUUUGACAAUAACUAUGUUUUAUUGUCUUGUAGAUUAUAGUCAAUAAGAGCUGGCAUGUCAUUUGUGUCCAUCCUUUAUAAAUCAUAUAAUUCUAGUUAUAUAAUCUAAUGAUUUAUGGCUACCUUUAUUUUA